AUGGAGUACCAAGUGCUACUGGCAUGUCUGUUGAUGUCAACAACAUUGAUUGUGGGUCAAAACAUUUACCUCGACCAGACGCUCUUCAAGUGUCCCAAGUACUGGAUAAGACACCAAGAGUCUUGCUAUAAAUUUGUGAGCAGCCCGAUAAAAAGACGCGAAGAAGCACGGAAAAUAUGUGAGACGUAUCAAAGUGACCUGACGUCAAUAAACACCAUAGAAGAGCACACGUAUUUCCUGAAGGAGCUCCAGUGGCGAGACCCUCAGCACAGGACCUGGUACACGGGCGGAAAACUGCUCGGUGGAUACUGGUCCAAUGAAGCUGACGGGUCCUCUCUGUCAGCUGUGGAGACUGCCAUAUUCCCGGAGCCGAAUGAUGGGGUACUCCGCGAGUACCUCGCUUAUAGUUACAGUCCGGGUCUCCAGAAAUGGGGGCUUAAGAAAGUUACCGCGAAUGAAGAGCAUCUUUACAUUUGCGAGGCUCAUAUUUCGAAUUUGGCGAACCAAAUCGAGGAUGAAAGAGAUUACACCUACGGAAUAGAGAUCGACAACCCGCUACGCAUACCACGCGGUCCUUAUUUCACUACUCAGCCUCAGUCUCAAGUCUACGACUCGGCAGAACAAUACAAGCUGAUUAACGAGGUGACUCUCAAGUGUCACGCUGAGGGAUAUCCGACUCCGACUUACGAGUGGUUUAGAGAGAAUUAUAUUAAUGGAAGGGCUCAUGCGGAAGUGAUUGAUCCGCUGCGUGAUAAUAGUCAGAUAUUAGAGUUCAAUUUGAAGAGAUCUGAAGAGCGCGGAGACCAAAAUUGGGGCAAGACUGUGUACUGUGACCCUCCAGUCCACUAUCCCGACGUAAAUUACUACUGGGCGCGUGACUACUAUCCAAACUUUGUGGAACAAGAUCAACGAGUGUUCGUCUCGAAAGACGGAGCUCUGUACUUCUCAGCAUUGGAGCCGAUCGACUCGGGAGUCUACUCCUGCAGUGUUCAGAGCACUGCUUCAAGAACCGGACGUCAAGGACCGUUUUUCCCGCUGAGAGUCGACCACCAGUCGUCGUUCCAGCAGAUAAAGUUCGCCAACAACUUCCCCAAGACUUUCCCAGACACUCCAGUGGUAGGUGACAGUGUCACCUUCGAAUGCGUGGCCUUUGGGUACCCGGUUCCUUCGUACAAUUGGACACGUAUUGGCGCUCCGAUGCCUCGAGGCGCAACUUUUUCAAGCUGGAACCGCCUUCUAACUAUCAACAACAUCAAAAUCGAGGACCAGGGUCCCUACGAGUGUCGCGCUUCGAAUGGUCGAGGUGACAUCGUCGGCCGAGUCGAGCUGUCUCUCCAAGCGAAGCCAAACUUCACUAUUCCUCUGGAAGACAAACACGCCGAUAAAGACCAAGAUUUAACCUGGACUUGCGAAGCCUUCGGAGUUCCUGACGUCACUUACAGCUGGUUCAAAAACGCAGAGCUGCUUAAUAUCUUCGACCUUCCCUUAGAGGACAGAGAUCGUUUUACUAUUUACGACAAUGUACUUAAGAUCCAACGACUGGAUCCUGAACGUGAUCCUGGAAUGUAUCAGUGCUCUGCGACCAAUGUACUUAAGACUCGUGGUAACGUCACAAUAGUUUGUAACCCCGAAGCAGCGCCUCGGCCAAAAUUCGUCUGGAAAAAAGACGGGAAUAUUAUCGGCUCCGGUGGAAAAAGAACUAUUUUAGAAAAUGGUAACUUGAUAAUCACUCGAGUGUCGAAAGACGAUGAAGGAUUUUACGUUUGUGUCGCGUCUAAUCAGUACGGAACUGACGAAAGUCGUGGACGACUUAUUGUAUUGCGUGGUCCUCAAUUCAUCGAACAACUGGGUCCAACAAUAUCAGUAUCAGUGAUGUACAACUGGACCCUGCGUUGCCAAGCAGACAUAGACCCAAUGCUAGACAUCGCCUACGUGUGGAAGCACAACGGCCUUGAAAUCCGCGAGAAGGACCUGGUGACCAACCCGCGGUACCAGAUUUACGACGGAACUUUCCACUUGAUAAACAUCACCCUCUCAGACGCGGGAGAGUACGAGUGUGUGCUGAAGAGCGCAGUGGGUACCAUCUCCAGCAAGUCGAUAAUGAUAGUCUACGGUCCUCCCGGGCCACCUGGUGGAGUUGUCGUUAAUAUAAUGAAGACUUCAGCAUCUCUUGUAUGGACCAACGGCGCCAAGAACGGCCGGGACAUAAUAAUGUACUCAAUAAGCGCCAGGACUUCUUACGGCGACUGGUUCACCAUUGGGGACAAUGUAACAGCUAUAGAAGUCGACCGCUACACUGGGCGACAGCAAGCCGAGAUAGAGAACGUCCUCAUUCCUUUUACGACUUACGAAUUUCGUGUAAAGGCUGCCAAUGACCUGGGCUACGGCCCGUACUCUCUGCCUUCGCCUAAGUACUCUACUCCUUCUGCAAAACCUCAACACCCGCCGAAGAAUGUCGGAGGCGGAGGCGGCAAAGUCGGAGAGCUGACCAUCACCUGGGACCCAUUGCCCCCGGCUUACCACAAUGGUCGCAAUGUUUACUACAAAAUAUUCUGGCGUCUUAAAGGAAAGGAGUACGAAUUCCAGUCGCUCUUACUCAAGAACUACGGCAACAUCGGGAGCUACGUCGUAUCAAUUUCUCCGGAGAAUUAUUUCCUAGAAUAUGAAGUCAAGGUCCAGGUGUUCAACGAAGUAGGCGAGGGACCCACGUCGGAUAUCGCGGUGGUCUACAGCGCCGAAGACCUGCCGAUCGUCCAGCCGCAAGGCGUUUACGCGAACAGCUACAACAGCACCAGCUUGAAUGUCACCUGGCAGCCGAUCCCGGCGGUCAGGGAGUCACUCAAGGGCCGCCUGAUUGGUCACCGUAUUAAAUACUGGCAAGCUAAUAAGACAGAAGAAGAGAGUUCUUUCUUGCUGUCCCGUGGAGAGCGGAGCUGGUCGCUGAUUGUCGGACUUCAGGCGGAUACUGAGUACAAUGUCAAGGUGAUGGCUUAUAAUUCAGCUGGACCGGGUCCGGAGAGUGAAAGGUUCUUGCAGAGGACCUUCAGAAAAGCUCCCCAGAAUCCACCGACCUCGGUGUUCCCCUACGAGGUCAAUCCCUCGACCAUUAGGGUCACUUGGCGGUUUGUACAGCCGGAUUGGGGAGAGGAACCACUGGAUGGGUUCAAAAUACGCGUCUGGGAGGUCGAUCAAGAUAUGAGCACUGCUAAUGACACUAUUGUCACAGCUGGGUCGAAGCUUGAGGCCUAUGUCAGAAAUCUCAGUCCUGGUAAGACUUAUAAUUUGAGAAUUCUGGGAUUCAGUAAAGGCGGAGAUGGAAGAAUGUCCAGUCCGCCGCUUACUUUCCAGAUGGGAGAUCCAGCGCAGUUUAGAAACUCGGCAGGUAAAGUUUUUCAUGUCAGUAUUGGGAUUGUAUUUUUAGUUUUUGUUUUGAGGCAACUGGCGCUUAUUUAA